AUGCUUUCCUGUUUAGACCGCCAACUUCCUAACUGAUUUUCUUCAUUCAAAAUCCGUCUGUUAUAACCUAAUCAGCAAUAUAAAACAGUUCAACAAGUGCAGAAUUAGGGUUCUUGCACAGUUCUUAAUUGCAGAGUUUUGUACGUUUAUCGCAUUGUUAAAUUGGUGAGUUGUAAACGAAAUUGAUGGUGAAGGUAAAGAUCAAACGUAAGAAUCUUACUACUGGCGGUGAGAAGAAGAACUGGAUCACAUGGAAAUGGAUAGUUAUUGGACCACUGAUUGCAGUUUUGCUUGCUACAUCUCUAUAUCCAUGGCUGCAUUCUUUGCAGCUUUCUUUUCACCGUUCUUCAUGCCGUUGUUCUCAGGAUUCGCUUAAAUAUACAGGCAUUGUUGAGGACUGUUGUUGUGAUUACGAGACUGUUGAUAGUCUUAACGGAGAUGUUUUACACCCCUUGUUGCAAGAACUAGUUAAGACAAGUUUCUUCCGGUAUAUCAAGAUUAAUUCAGAUUUGAAUUGUCCCUUUUGGCUUGAUGAUGGUAAGUGCAGAAGUCCUGAUGAUUGCAGGCUACUAUAUGAAUUUCCAGAAUAUUUUAAGACGCCAUCACUGCAUGUCGUUCCAACAAAUGAUCUUAUAUGCCAGGAGGGGAAGCCAGAGGCUGCUUUUGAUCCAUGGACUAAUGACGAUGAAACUUAUAAGGAUAUAAUUCUGGAUUUGCAACUGAAUCCCGAACGUCACACAGGUUACUCAGGACCGUCAGCCAGAAGAGUAUGGGAUGCUGUAUAUUCACAAAUUUGUCCAGAAUAUUCGUCGGGAAAUAGCUGCCCAGAGAAAAAAGUGCUAUACAGGUUGAUGUCGGGACUGCAUUCCUCAAUUUCUGUCCACAUAGCUACCGAGUAUCUACUUGACGAAAAAACCAGUGAGAGGGGUGCAAAUCUUCAGUUGAUGUAUGAUCGUGUCUUGAAUCAUCCCGAGCGUGUUCAAAACCUAUACUUCACUUUCCUUUUCGUUCUCGGAGCAAUAACAAAAGCAGGCCCAUGCUUGGAGGAGGCCCAAUAUGACUCUGGUAACCGUACUAAAGAUCUGAAAGUCCAUUCGUUGAUCCGAAAACUACUUCACAAUCCCAAAUUACAAGCUGUGUGCCCUCUUUCGUUUGAUGAGGCUAAACUUUGGCAAGGUCAAAGUGGACCUGAAGUGAAGCAACAGAUCCAGAACCAGAUCAGAAACAUAAGUGUCCUCAUGGGUUGUGUAGGGUGCGACACGUGUCGUCUGUGGGGAAAACUACAGGUCCUUGGCCUAGGAACUGCGCUAAAAAUACUGUUCUCUGUUGAUGAUCAAAAACAGCCACAUCAGCCUAUGCAGCUGCAACUGCAAAGGAAUGAAGUAAUAGCAUUGAUGAAUCUGUUCAAUCGGCUAUCGGAAUCGAUUAAAUCAGUCGCGGAUAUGGGUUAUUCUGCUGCUACGGAUGCGUUAGUCUUAGAACAUCCUGUGAGAGGGGUCAUUUUGAUUCAAAGACCAAGGGAACCAUGGGUAGAUCAUUGGUGGGCGAAUGUGACGAGAUAUGGCCAUCCGUUUAAAAACCAGCCCAAAUCAGAGAUGAGAGAAAUGAAGUAUAGAAUACAUACGAUGUGAAUAUAGGGGGAAACCACCACUCAAAAUUUUGAUAUGAACUUUCAUGGUUACAAAACUGUGGACAUGUAAGGUGUCCCUAGACAUUGUUUGCUACUUGUGGGGAAAAACUUUUGUAUCUUUGUUAGAUGGUUUAUAAGUGGUGAUGUUUUCGGCUUCUGUUGCAGCUAGUCAAGACGACAAAAAACAACGUUAAGCUCA